AUGGACGAUCCUCUAUGGGAGGGUCGCCCUCCUGAUCGUCUUGCAGCCGUGAGUGAAGGAUUGCAAGUCUCCUUUGCCAACGUGGUCUCACGAUCAAUCUCAACCCCCAAUAUUGAAGUGGAUUUAAAGAAACCCUCCACUUUCUUUGAUGUUCCAGCAGUCUUUUUCUCUAAAGAAGAAGUUGUACGCUCGGAAUCACCUUUCCACUCAACCUUGAUCGCCAAGUGUAGCUAUGGUAGACCCUCUUUGUUUGAUAUCAAAUCCCAUCUGCAGAAGAUGUUUUUUGUGCAAGGGGACGUGGUCGUCUCCACCCUGGAUCCUCGUCACGUCCUCCUUAGGUUUGCUAACCAUUCUGAUUACGUGAAAGUUUGGAUGAAGGAACUACUCCAUAUUCAAGGUUUUUUGUUGCAAUUUAUGAAAUGGAUAUCCAAUUUCGAAUCGGGUUGGGAGUCCCCUUUUGCCCCAAUCUGGAUCUUUCUUCCAGGACUCCCAAUCGAAUUUUAUCAGGGCAAUUUUCUCCUCUCUAUUGUGGGCACAAUUGGACGAGUCCUUAAGGUCGACAGUGCUAUAAUAAACUGUACAAGAACUGUGGCUGUGCGUGUCUGUGUCGAGCUUGAUUUGCGAGCCCCAGUUCCUUCUAAGAUUUGGAUUGGUUGUGGUGGAGAUGGUUUCUACCAAAAGGUCGUGUACGAUAACCCGCCAUUAUAUUGUGAAAUUUGCUGCAAGUUAGGCCACGACAGUGCGGUUUGCAAGAAGGCGAUGAAGGCAAGGCAUGUUGCAACUGUUGACAUAAAGAGGAAUGGAGUUGUGUAA